AUGCUGAUUAUUUUGUUGUUUCAGGAGGACAAAAAAUGUUUCAUAUGUGACUCCGAGGAUCCCUUUCAUGAUACACUCAAUCCUGAUAGUCAUCGCAUUGAAAACGUGGUCACCACCUUUGCUCCAAAUCGCCUGAAGCUCUGGUGGCAGUCGGAAAAUGGUUUGGAAAACGUGACUAUCCAGCUGAACCUGGAGGCUGAGUUUCAUUUCACUCAUCUCAUUAUGACCUUCAAGACAUUCCGUCCUGCUGCAAUGUUGAUAGAAAGAUCAUCUGAUUUUGGAAAAACAUGGCAAGUAUAUAGGUAUUUUGCAUACGACUGUGAGAGCUCAUUUCCUGGGAUUUCAACUGGACCCAUGAAGAAAGUAGAUGAUAUCAUUUGUGAUUCCCGAUACUCCGAUAUUGAACCUUCAACAGAGGGAGAGGUAAUAUAUCGUGUUUUAGAUCCUGCUUUUCGAAUUGAAGAUCCGUACAGUCCAAGGAUUCAAAACCUAUUAAAGAUCACAAAUCUGAGAGUCAAGUUCAUCAAGCUGCACACGCUGGGAGAUAACCUCUUGGACUCAAGGAUGGAGAUUAGAGAGAAGUACUACUAUGCCAUCUACGACAUGGUGGUUCGCGGGAACUGUUUCUGCUACGGACACGCCAGCGAGUGUGCGCCAGUGGAUGGCUUUAACGAAGAAGUGGAAGGAAUGGUCCAUGGACACUGCAUGUGCAGACAUAAUACCAAAGGAUUAAACUGUGAGCAGUGUUUGGAUUUCUACCAUGACUUACCCUGGCGACCCGCUGAAGGCCGCAAUAGUAACGCAUGCAAAAAGUGCAACUGCAAUGGCCACUCCAGCCAGUGCCACUUUGACAUGGCCGUGUACAUGACGACGGGGAAUACCAGCGGGGGAGUGUGCGACGACUGCCAGCACAACACCGUAGGACGCAACUGCGAGCAGUGCAAGCCGUUCUACUUCCAGCACCCAGAGAGAGAUCUGCGGGACCCUGACGUCUGUGAGCCUUGCAACUGUGACCCAGCUGGCUCCCAAAAUGGUGGCAUCUGUGAUCGCUACACCGAUUUCUCCACUGGCCUCAUUGCCGGACAAUGCCGUUGUAAAUUAUUUGUUGAAGGGGAGCGUUGUGACCUCUGCAAAGAAGGUUUCUAUGGCCUGAGUGCCGAUGACCCAGCGGGUUGUCAGUCUUGUGCAUGUAAUCCUCUGGGUACCCAUCCCGGCGGGAAUCCUUGUGAUUCGGAGACAGGAAACUGCUAUUGUAAGCGCCUGGUGACAGGAAAGCAGUGCAAUCAGUGCCUGCCUGAGCACUGGGGCCUGAGCAACGACAUGGAUGGAUGUCGGCCGUGCGACUGCGACCAGGGAGGAGCAUUGAACAACAACUGCUCGAGUGAAUCUGGCCAAUGCGAAUGCCGGCCCCACAUGUUUGGACGUCAAUGCAACCAGGUGGAGCCUGGCUAUUACUUCAUUUCACUUGAUCAUUACAUCUACGAGGCGGAGGAAGCCAACUUGGGUCCUGGAGUAAGCAUAAUAGAGCGCCAGUACACACCGGACCGCACACCAUCGUGGACAGGCAUAGGAUUUGUAAGGGUCCCUGAGGGGGCGUACCUGGAAUUCUACAUUGACAACAUCCCCUACUCCAUGGAGUACGAUAUUCUGGUCCGCUACGAGCCGCAGUUGCCAGAUCAGUGGGAAAAAGCCGUGAUCAGCGUCUCACGCCCAGGCAAGAUUCCCACGGGUAGCCGGUGUGGCAAUACAGUUCCUGAUGAUGAUAAUCAGGUCGUCUCACUGUCACCCGGCUCCAGAUACGUCGUUCUCCCGCGGCCCGUCUGCUUCGAGAAGGGGCUGAAUUACACCAUCCGCCUGGAGCUGUCCCAGUACUCCUCGGUGGAUACGGAAACGGAGAGCCCGUACACGCUCAUUGACUCUCUUGUUCUCAUGCCAUACUGCAAAUCGCUGGACAUAUUCACAGUGGGAGGCUCAGGUGAAGACGUGGUCACAAACAGCGCUUGGGAAACUUUCCAAAGAUACCGGUGUCUGGAAAACAGCAGGAGUGUUGUGAAAACCCCCAUGACGGACGUCUGCAAGAACAUCAUAUUCAGCAUUUCUGCUCUGUUACACGAGACUGCGUUAUCAUGCCAGUGCGACCCCCAGGGCUCCCUGAGUUCGGUGUGCGACCCCAGCGGAGGACAGUGCCAGUGUCGUCCCAAUGUCGUCGGAAGACAAUGCGACAGAUGUGCCCCUGGCACCUUUGGGUUCGGGCCGAACGGAUGCCGAGCAUGCGAAUGCCACGUCCGAGGCUCUUACAACGCCUUCUGCGACGCAGAGAUGGGCCAGUGCCACUGCUUCCCCGGGGUGUACGGGCGGCAGUGCGACCGCUGCCUGCCUGGCUUUUGGGGCUUCCCCAGCUGCCAGCCCUGCCACUGCAAUGGCCAUGCCGAUGACUGCAGCCCCUACACCGGGGAGUGCCUGAGCUGCCGGGACCACACAGCGGGGCACAACUGCGAGAGGUGCCAGCCUGGCUACUACGGAGACCCCGUCCUGGGAUCAGGCGACCACUGCCGCCCCUGCCCUUGCCCUGAUGGCCCCGAGAGCGGACGCCAGUUUGCCAGCGGCUGUUACCAGGAUCCAGUCACACUGCAAGUCGUGUGUGUCUGUAGUGUGGGAUACAUAGGCAGUCGAUGUGAUGAAUGUGCGUCUGGCUUCUUUGGGAGCCCCGACGAGGUUGGCGGCGCCUGCCAGCCGUGCCAGUGCAACAACAACAUCGACACCACUGACCCGGAGGCCUGCGACAAGAAGACAGGAACGUGCAUGAAGUGCCUGUAUCACACGGAGGGGGAAAACUGCCACCUCUGCAAACAGGGCUACUACGGGAGCGCCCUGCAGCAGGACUGCAGAAGUGAGUGGGGAGACGCAGCAAUGUCCCUUCAGCCGGCCAUCGUCCCUGCAGAUGUGGCUGGACAGCAGGAGCGAGUCCUGCCCGGGGAGCAAGGGCCACACCAGAGAGCUGAACCGGGCGGUGGGCAGGCAGACCCUCCUCUCCCUCAGCGCUGGACACAGCCUGGCAGGGCGGAUGGGUCACUGGUAACAGAAAGGCAGGCUGACAUCAAGCAGACCUGCGACCGCUGUGCCCCCCACACGUGGAGGCUCGCCAGCGGCGCCGGCUGCGAGCAGUGCGGCUGCGACCCCACACGCUCCCUCGGGCCCGCCUGCAACGAGUUCACAGGGCAGUGCCAGUGCAUGCGGGGCUUUGGAGGCCGGACCUGCCGGGAGUGCCAGGAGCUCUUCUGGGGCGACCCAAGCGUGGAGUGCCGAGCUUGUGAUUGCAACCCUCGUGGCAUCCAGACCCCACAAUGUGACCGUGCCACCGGGCAGUGCAUCUGCAAUGAAGGGGUGGAAGGGCCACGCUGUGACAAGUGCUCCCGGGGCUACUCGGGCUUCUUCCCCGACUGUGUGCCGUGCCACCAGUGCUUCGCCCUCUGGGACGUGAUCAUCAGCGAGCUGGCUAAUAGGACCCAACAGUUCCUGGAUAGGGCUAAUGCCCUCAAAAUCACUGGAGUCACUGGCCCAUACCAGCAGACACUCAACACCCUGGAGGAGAAGCUCAUUGAAAUUAAAACCAUCAUCGCUCAAAAUCCAGCUGCCGAGCCCCUGAAGAACAUUGAGAAUCUCUUUGAUGAAGCAGAAAAGCUGACAGCAGAUGUUACAGUUAAGAUCGCUGAUGUAGAAGAAAACCUGUCAGCCUUAGCAGCGAAGAGCAAUAGCACAGACGCUGACCUGAGCGCGCUGGAGAUAGAUGCCAAAAGCCUAGACCGUGUCGUGAAAGAACUUGCAGAACAGCUAGAGUUCAUCAAGAUCUCUGAUGUUCGGGGAGCCUUGGAUAGCAUCACCAAGUAUUUCCAGAUGUCCCUGGAGGCAGAGGAGAGGGUCAAUGCCUCCACUGUUCACCCCGAUAGCGCCGUGGAGCUGUCGGCACAGACGCGGCAGGAAGUGGAAGACUUAAUCAAUGAGAAGGAGGCCCAGUUCAAGGCUAAACAAGAGGAGCAGUCGCGCCUUCUGGAUGAACUCGCAGGCAAGCUGCAGAGCCUGGAUCUCUCUGAAGUGGCGGAGAAGACGUGUGGCACUCCCGCAGGAGCCUCUUGUGCUGAGUCCGAGUGCGGCGGUUUAAACUGUCGAACUGAUGAUGGACAGAAGAAGUGUGGAGGACCUGGCUGUGACGGGCUGGUGACCGUAGCUCACAACGCCUGGCAGAAAGCCAUGGAUUUUGACAGAGACAUCCUCAGUGCAUUAGCAGAAGUUGAACAACUCUCCAGAAUGGUUUCUGAGGCAAAACAGAGAGCUGAUGAAGCAAAACAAAACGCACAAGAAGUUUUGCUCAAAACCAAUGCUACAAAAGAACAAGUGGACAGAAGCAAUGAAGAUCUGAGAAGUCUUAUUAAACAGAUUAGAGACUUCCUAAUGCAAGACAGCGCUGACCUGGACAGCAUCGAGGCGGUGGCUAAUGAAGUGCUGAACAUGGAGAUGCCGAGCACUCCCCAGCAGCUGCAAGCCCUGACAGAAGAUAUUCGUGAGCGUAUAGAAAGCCUUUCUGAUGUUGAGGUCAUUCUGCAGCAGAGCGCUGGAGACAUUGCCAGAGCAGAAAUGCUACUGGAGGAAGCUAAAAAAGCAAGCAAAGGUGCAACAGAUGUUAAAGUCACUGCAGACGUGGUGAAAGCAGCACUGGAAGAAGCUGAAAAAGCUCAAAAUGCAGCUGAAAAAGCCAUCAGACAAGCCGAUGAAGAUAUUAAAGGAACUCAAGACCUGCUGACCUCGAUUCAAUCUGAAAAUGCGGCAUCUGAAGAAACACUGAGCAAUGCUACCUUACGUCUGUCUGAGCUAGAGAAGAGUGUUGAAGACCUUAAGCAAAAGGCUGCUACAAAUUCAGAGAACGUGGACAAUAUAGAAGAAAAAAUUGUUACUGCAAAACAAAAUGCUGAAGAAGUUAAAAAGGUCCUCAAUACCGAGGUGAACGACAAGUAUAAAACAGUGGAAGAUCUCAUUGCCAAGAAGACAGAGGAGUCGGCUGAUGCGAGGAGGAAGGCUGGCAUGUUGCAAGAUGAAGCUAAAGCCUUGCUGGCUCAAGCGAACAGCAAGCUCCAGCUGCUCAAAGACUUGGAAAACACAUAUGAAAACAAUCAAAAGGUUCUGGAAGAUAAAGCCAAGCAGUUGGUGGAGCUGGAAGAGACAGUUCGCUCCCUCCUACAGACAAUCAGCCAGAAGGUUGCUGUUUAUAGCACUUGCUUAUAAAUGGCAGCAGGAAAUGCUUGUGUUCAGGAUGGAUUUUACAAGUAUUACACUAGUUCUUUUUGACAUUACACUAAGACCUGAUAAAGCGAACAGGUUUUAUAUUGACUUUCAAGUCACAGAACCAAAGACAAGUAACUUUUUGAUGUUGAAAAUAAACAGUACUUUUGUAUCACUGUAUGUACCUAGCAUGGCUCAUUAAGUUCCCUCCUCUUUUCAGUAACUGAAAUAGUAAAUCAGUUAAUCCUUUAGCAAGUCUUGUUUUUAAAUUGGUUAGAGAUCUAAUAAAAUCUUGGCUCCAGCUACGUAA